AUGUCGUACUUCUCCCCAAUCAACGGCUCGCGGCAGCCAGUGUUCCUGAUAGUGACCGGCGUCCUCCUGCUGCUGUCAUGCAUUAGCGUAGCCCUACGAUGGUACUGUCGUGCCUUCCAUGUUCUGAAGCUCGGAGCGGAUGACCAUCUUAUCGCUUUGGCGUUGGCUGUCACCGUUGCGAUGGGCAUUAUGAGUGUAUUCAACGUCAGCUUCGGAACGGGUCGACACGUGAAUGACCUUCCUCUACAUGAGAUCCUCGUUCCCACCUUGAAGCACUGGUACGCCUUCCAGAUCGUCUACCCGGUGGCCAUUGGCCUCGCCAACUUCAGUAUCUUGGCCCAGUAUCACCGCAUCUUCGUCAAACCGAAUUUCCGGCAUGUGGUUGUAGGCGUGGCAAAAUUCGUCUUAAUAUACACUAUAAUCGUGGUCUUUGUCAACGUGAUUUCCCAGGCUGUACGCAAAGAGGCAACAAGAGACUGA